AUGACGUCCAUCGGGGAAUCACAACAACCAGACAGAAAUCAUUCAGAGAUAGAGGUAUCUGAUACCAAGAUACUAGAGGACAACGAUGAUUCUUCGAUCAUAAAACAAUAUGAGGAUGGCGUCUUGUGGUGCUCGUGGCCAAGCGGUAAAGGCCCUUACUACCCAAACUCUUCUUCGAUAUACCAUGGUAGACUUCGUCACGAGUAUCUGAAACAGAAGGAUAUGGAAAGGACCCAAAAGUAUUAUCCUGAUGUUAGUGCUGAGCUUGCUCUACAGAGAUACGUUUGUCAGUUUUGGAUAGAGGGAACCGAAUUCGUCAAAGAUGGAAAGAUCUAUAUCAUUGGCGCUGAUAUCAAGGUGUCUCGCGAUAAGUCCAAGUGCGCUGCUACACAUUACGAAGAGGCUGUUGAUGAUAAUGAUUGCACAUACAUUGUGACUCAGCCUUUAGCCUAUCCAAGCCGUCGUCUUCGGAUGGAUAUUGUCGACCAAACAACCUCUAAGAUGAAAGAGAUCCGUCAAAGUUUGGGGAUUCACCCUAGCGAGAACUUGUGGAAUGUACCAAAAUCUCAUCGCUGCCACAUUUCCAAAUUCCCACAAGAAAUUCUCGAUCUAAUCUUUGAAAACAUGCUAUUGGUAGUCUCAGGCGUGGCUGUGGAUCCACAGGUACUCACCACAAAUCUAAACUGGGCGGGGCCAUAUCUACCAGGAUACUACGGAAUGGCAUCAUACACGGAGUCUACAUACCACACUUGGGCUGUGGACAUCAUAGACAAGUAUCAACCACUUUAUUCCCCUGAUUCGGUUUACGAAAGCUGGCGAGGAUCAGCAAUGGUCAAAAAUAAGAAGAUAUACCACAUGGGAAGAGAAAUCACACAAUUGAAUAGAAUCACGCGUCGAGCGAUCGACGCUACUUUCCUCCGGACAUGCAAGCAAUACUUGAAAUCUGGAUCUGAAAUUCUUUAUGGGAAAAAUACAUUCAUAUUCAACGUGUUUCCUCUCUCAGGAACGGAAUUAUUGCCAUGUUGGAUUGAAGGAGAGAUGCACAUGCCUGACUGGGAAAGGCCGGAACUUAGCCAGUUAUAUGAUUGGCCCCAAGCAAUUCAUUACGUCAUGGAUCAGAUUCGAGAGGGUGUUCCACUCAAGCAACUGGCGGGCUGGGUAUAUCACAAUCCAUUCCUUCGUUUUCUCUACGUUAUUCGUCCACGCAAUGCGGCUUUGAUCAAGACUCUAUACUUCUUUUUCACAGUUAAAAUGCACGACUGCGCUUUGGAAUUGGAUGAUGAAGGUAUAUGCAAGGAUUGCCCAAUGGACCCUUUUCCCGAAAUGUGCAUGUACAUCCAAUUUAUCAACGAAUUGCGUCCAGGGGUGGAAAAAGUUAUAUUGGAUAUGGAUGCUGAAAUUUGCCGAAAUGCAGACGGUGAGACUGACUGGCUCUCGAAGGAGAAAGAAUUUGAAGAAGCGACGACUCCGUUCUUGAGGGAUCAGAUUAGAGAGCUUAAAUACGUCAAAUCAUUGGUUCUUCGUUCUAGUGAUACCGGUCAAGCUUAUGACGACGAACCUGGGGAUAGCUACAAAUAUCUGGAUUAUCCAGUCGCUAAAGAGACAAUUCAAUGGUUUGAAGACAGAGCAAGAAGUUGGGCGAAGGAGGAGAACUAG